UCUAUUUACUUAAAAUCUUCUUCUGCUGAGUCGUAACCGUUUUUAUCUCACGCGAAUUCCGCCUCGGAUAAAACUCCUCAUAUCUUCCGUAUCGCGUGUGCUUUCUUCUCUGAUACUGACCGCUCUCUAUAGAAUGAAGCAUAUUUCAACCUCCGCCGUUACCGGCUGCGCCGCCAUCCAACUCAACGAUUCCCCUUCGCACUAACGCCGCUUCAAAAAAAAAUCUCACGCACACAUGCAUCCUUUUUGCUGCGUAUCCGCUGUCUCCGACCAGUCUUCUCCGGUAAAACCUACGCCCGCGGCUCACUUCGCGGACUUCACCAUGCCUCCUCUCCCCUCCGCUGCCGUCAGAUCCGAUUCAGCCCCACGCCACAGUCAUAGCCACAACCACGGGCGGGGGAGCCAGCAACAACAGCAGCGGGAGCAACCGCCGCCGCCGGUGGUGGUUGAUGUGAAGAUCAACGACCUCGUCGGAAAUGGAAUCUCGGGAAUACUGUACAAGUGGGUGAAUUAUGGCAAAGGAUGGAGGCCACGGUGGUUCGUGCUCCAAGACGGCGUUCUCUCCUAUUAUAAGAUUCACGGUCCUGAUAAGAUCGUCGUGAAUCCCGAGACCGAGAAGGGCUCCAAGGUCAUCGGCGAGGAAUCCAUGCGCAGGAUCUCUCGCAACCGCAAUUCCCAAUCCCAACACCACCGUCGAAAGCCCUUCGGUGAAAUCCACCUCAAGGUUUCGACGAUUCGAGAGAGCAAAUCCGAUGAUAAGAGGUUUUCGGUGUUCACGGGAACGAAGAGGAUGCACCUGAGGGCAGAGACGAGAGAGGAUCGGACGGCGUGGAUGGAGGCGCUGCAAGCGGUGAAGGACAUGUUCCCAAGGAUCUCGAACAGCGAGCUGAUGGCGCCGGUGGACAAUGUGAGCGUCUCGACGGAGAAGCUGAGGCAGAGGCUUCUAGAAGAACGGGUGAGUGAGGCUGCCAUUCAGGAUAGCGAGCAGAUCAUGAGGACAGAGUUUGCGGCGCUGCAGAACCAGCUUAAGCUCCUCAAGCAGAAGCAGUCAAUGCUCAUUGACACAUUGCGCCACUUAGAGACAGAAAAGGUCGAUCUGGAAAAUACAGUUGUUGAUGAGAGCCAAAGACAGUGGAAUGAUCAAGAGACUUCCUCCACAUUAAGGCAGGAAAAAUCUAGUGGUAAAGGGCAUCGUCGCCACCGCUGGGAGCUCGCCGGGACCCCAUCGUCGUUGUUGCAACCGCCUAGAGUACCCACUGAACGCGAUUUUCUAUCGUCCAGUUCUUUCAAAAGUAAUGGGUCUGAUUAUAGAGUAUCAUCUUUCUCUUCUGAUGAUGAUGGGUUCUAUGCAUUCGAAUCGGAGGAUGAUGUAGAUCCAGCCAUUAGAUCUGUUGGAAGCAAUUACCCUCAUAUUAAGCGGCGUAAGAAAUUGCCUGAUCCUGUAGAGAAAGAGAAAGGUGUGAGUCUCUGGUCAAUGAUUAAGGAUAAUAUAGGGAAGGAUCUAACUAAAGUUUGCCUCCCUGUUUAUUUUAAUGAGCCACUCUCCUCCCUGCAAAAAUGUUUUGAAGAAAUGGAAUAUUCACAUCUGCUGGACCAAGCAUAUGAAUGGGGAAGAAGGGGUAAUAGCCUCAUGAGGAUUCUCUGUGUUGCUGCUUUUGCUGUAUCUGGUUAUGCUUCAACUGAUGGAAGAGUUUGCAAACCAUUUAAUCCAUUACUCGGGGAAACAUAUGAAGCUAAUUUUCCAGACAAAGGCCUUCGAUUUUUCUCAGAAAAGGUCAGUCAUCACCCAAUGAUAGUUGCGUGUCACUGUGAGGGUACAGGUUGGAAAUUUUGGGGGGAUAGCAACUUAAAGAGCAAAUUUUGGGGCAGAUCAAUUCAGCUUGACCCUGUCGGUACUUUGACCUUGGAAUUUGAGGAUGGGGAGGUUUUCCAGUGGAGCAAGGUUACUACAUCAAUAUACAAUCUUAUAUUAGGAAAGCUGUACUGUGAUCACUAUGGAACAAUGCGUAUACAGGGAAACCAAGAGUAUUCAUGUAAGCUGAAAUUCAAGGAACAGUCUAUAAUUGAUCGAAAUCCUCACCAGGUCCAUGGUAUCGUUCAAGAUAGGAAUGGGAAAACAGUAUCUACUUUGUUUGGAAAAUGGGAUGAAAGCAUGCAUUAUGUUAACGGAGACUACAGUGCAAAGGGAAAAGCUCACGAAUCCUUAUCAGAAGCCCGACUACUCUGGAAGAGAAGCAAGCCUCCCAAAUUUCCCACUAGAUAUAACUUCACUCGUUUUGCCAUCACAUUAAAUGAACUUACCCCUGGGUUGAAGGAAAAGUUGCCACCGACUGAUUCCAGGUUAAGACCAGACCAAAGGUAUCUGGAAAACGGGGAAUAUGAGAUGGCAAAUUCAGAAAAGUUACGGCUAGAGCAGAGGCAGCGACAGGCUCGGAAGAUGCAAGAGAGGGGUUGGAAACCGCGGUGGUUUGCCAAGGAUAAAGCAACCGGCACAUACCGAUACCUAGGAGGAUAUUGGGAGUCCCGAGAAGAAGGCACCUGGGACUCCUGUCCUGACAUCUUUGGCCAAAUUCCUUCAGACCAUCUUUCCGACGAAGGUCAAACUGCAUCUUAGUCUUCCAAUUUAUUUUUUUUUAUCUUUCACUCCAAAUUUUUUUACCGAUGGGUGUCAACUGACUGCUACUUUGCAGUUGUUGUGCAUCCAUCCAUGAAUUCAUGUAAGGUAAUCAGAUGAAAUAUGAGCAAAUAAUAAUGUAAUUCUUUUUUCUUUGCAUUCCAA